AUGGUUAAGACAAAGGGUAACGAAUGUAAAGGUUCGGUUCCCAAAUUAUCCAAGGAGACUUUAAAAGAAAUUUUCAGGAAUUUAAUAGAUCAAGAUCUAUGGGUAUGCCUACGAGUCUGUCGAGAAUGGUUUGAAGUUGGUGUAAAAAUUUUGUGGGAAGAUCCAUUGUCUUGGGGACAUCCAGUUAUCAAUGUCUAUAAUGAUUUCCUAAACGCUGAACAAAGAAAAUCAUUAAAGAAUGCAAAGAUUACUCUUCCUAGGUUGCAUAAUCCUAUGGAUGAUUAUUCUCUUUAUAUAAAGAAAUUUAAUCUAUCCGAAUUACACGACGCGAUUUUUGGUUGGCUUCUUCAUACCGAAAAUAUUGAUGAAAAAUAUCGUGACUUAUUUAAAGGAAAUUUUAAUGUUAAAACGGCUGAAAAAGACGAAAUUACGAAACCAAUAGUGAAAAUGAUGACUUUAAUGAUUUCUCAUAUAAUUAAAUUACUCUUUAAUUCGACUCAAGGAUUAGAUAUGUUAGAUAUGUCUUUUAAUCACUUAAGUGUUGGUAUCCCUGCUGAUAUAGUGAAAUCUGCUGAAGCAAUGAAAAGAGCUUUUACUGAUUUAACUUGGCUUAGAGUUCACACAAAUUUUACGAGCAAGUUGAUUUCUGAAGAUCGAUUAGAAACUGCGCAGCUUCAACCAUUAACGCGUUGCACUCAAUUGUUGACAUUAAGUUUUGUUCGAUGUACGGACAUUAAACAAACUGGAAGGAGUAAAAAGAGCAAUUCAGAUGACACUCCUGCACUUAUAGACAGUAGUGGACUAUACUUUCUUAGUGUCAAAAAGAUGUAUUUGUACAAAAAUAAAAUUUCUCCAGAAGCUCUUACAUCACUUGUCAGGAUGACUAUUAAUCUCGAAGAAUUAAUAAUAGUUAAUAAUAAUACUGAAGUGAUUAUUAAAGCAAUAUCUCAUUAUUGUGGUAACAUUAAUUACUUGGCAUUGACUCUAUAUUCUGAUACCACAUUUGUCGCAUUAAUGGAUUGGCUCUCGUUUUCACAUUUGAAAACUUUAGUAUUGGGUACUCAUCAUUCCAAAAUUAUUAAUUUCAAAGAUCGUCCAAAUCAAUCACUUGGCUCAAUGCUUUAUGAAAUCGGUGAUCAAUUUCCUCUUUCAUUAACAAAGUUCGAUGUGGAUUUUGAAGUUACACCUCAACAACUUGACAUAUUUUUGCAACGUAGUAAUUAUGUUUUUGAAGAAUUAGGAUUACAUCAAUCAUCCGGAUUAAGAGAUGAUCAUUUGAAAAUUCUUAUGAAUCAUGCAAAAGUAUCAGGAAGACUUCGAAAAGUCACUUUUGAUAGAAUAUACUGGAGUAGUCCUGAUGAAAAUUUGGAGAGUCAAAUCUCUUUCGAAGGAAGUUCGCUUGAAAAGUCUUAUUUCUCUCCAAAAUUAUUGAGCGAUGCGGAAAAAUAUAUAAAUACAAUUAAUUCCACUUCUGUCGAUCCGUUUAUAGACCCUUUACAAGAAAUUUUUAGAACUGAUAACAUUGAGACGAUGGAUAUAGAUGAUCCAAAUAAUGAUUGA